GUAGUUCUCGAGUAUUCCGUUGGGCUUUAUUUCCGAACGGACAUUUUCCAACUUCAACCGGAUACACUUCACACAGUGUGAACGUCGUCGCCAAUUGAUACGCAUUUUUUGAUUUCCUUUUUUCUUUCGUUAAGUUUACUUUUGACAUCUCAGCAGUAUAUGCUAAAAGCAUUUCAAGGAGGCAACCAAAGUUAAGAGCAAUUACCACAACUGUCAUUGUCAUUGCACGAGCAUCUGAACCUACAAAGCGAUCGCGUUCACCACCCAACAACCGUCAGCAGCGCCACCGCUAUAUCUAUAUCUCUUUCUUUUCAAAUAAUAUCUUUUCUUUGCGAUCACAAACACAUUAUCAGUGUAUAUUUGUUAUUUGUUUACAAAUUUAAUUAAUAAUAUUUCUUUUUUUAUUAUUAUUAUUCGUUCUUGAAUAAAAAAGAAAAAAAUCAAGUUGUCGCCGGGCACUGCUGUUUAGGUUGAUUCCACCACCAGCUUUGUUGUUUUUGUUUUGUGUUGUUGUUGUUGUUAUCGUUUCUGUACUCUUUCGCAACGAUUUUAUCGAAUCAAACGACUUAUUAAGAAAAUGAUCGAGUUGUGUAGAAGACGUGCUGCUUCAUUCUGAUUUAUUUUUAUUUCUCUGAUCAAAGAAAAAAAAGAAAAAUAAUAAUACAAAAAUAAAACGUGCGCAAGUUGAUUGAUCGAUUGAUUUUUUUUAUUUUGAUUAUUUUUAUACCAAUUAAUUGUUUUGUGCUGAAAAUCCGCUGAAUAAAGCAUUUCCCGCGCAUUUUCUUCGUUUCGGCUUAAAAUUUAGUUUGCUGUUUAAAUUUAAACCAACGACACGAUGGAUAAUGUCAAGGUGUAUCAGGACAGCAGCAUUGAAGUGCAGUCCUUUGAAUUGCCUCAGAACUACACUCUGCUUAUAAGUAAAUUGGAGAAAUUAGCCCUGGGAUUGAAUUCUAAUUUGGAGAAUCUAACGCAUCAGGGAUUGCAUCAUCACGAAGUAUCGGCUGUGGAUCGAUUUUUUGAAAAUUCAAGUACUGACGACGAUUCGGAUGGACCGGUUAGCAUAAGUUUGCAUCCACACGGAAUGACAGAAGCUGAAUAUAAUCGAGUUGUCAGUGACAUUUGGAUUGGUGUGAUUUUGACACUUCUGAUAGUGACCGUUAUAUUCUUCAUUUGUUCCUGCUUUCUUUAUCACAAAUUUCAACAAUGGAAGAAUUCCUACCGAACAAGUGACACUUUGAAUCCCGGAGAUGUCAUACGACGUUAUGACAUGGAUGUUGAAUCUCUUCCCAGCUACACAAUUGUAUCGGGACUACCAACGUACGACGAUGCUUUGGAAGAAUUCCGAAAAGCCGGACUAAUACUCAAGCCACCAAUUCCUGUCAUAAAAAUCUUCGACAGUGACACAAAGGAUUCACCGCCCGGAGAUGGCCUGCCCGAGUAUACUCCACCGGAGAAUACAACAUGUGUUUGUGGAGGUGGAACUGGUCAAAUUAUCGAACUCAAUCCAGAGCAUUUGAAGAUUCUCAGCCAGAAACGUUUGUCAUUGCAAAUCUCAUUCAAUGCUAUGCCCACAAAUAUCCGUCGCAAUAGUCGUCCUCGGGUCGAUUUGUGUCAACAAGUGGGUCGAAAUAAUCUACUCAGAGCACAGAGGGAUCGAGAACUGAUGCUGACACCUGAAAUUCAUCGCUCAUCUUCGAUGACAUUGGAUGACGAACGAUUUAUGAUUGAACAUCGACUGAGGAAGUUGGAACAACAUCGUGGGUCAAUUUCGUAGCUAUAAUACCGUGUAUGAAAUAUGAAUGGAUAUGUUGUGCGUUAGAUUCCUGCCAGGAUUGAGUUUUUUUUUUAAGUUUUGUUUUUGUAUAUACUUAGUGAGAAGAGUCAUGUGUCAGUAUUAGAAAAUGUACCUAGUUUUUAAGGAGACAAAUUUUAUUUUUAUUUAAAAUAAUAAAUUUUUAACAUUUAAUAUUGAAGAA